AUGGUUGGCACGACCAUAACCCAUAAGUCUGGCCGAUGGAAAGUGAUGCGAAAUAUUGCAACAGGUCCUUUCUCUGAUGUGUUUCUGGUGUGCGAUGCGGACAACAAGAAAAGGAAAUACGCGAUGAAAUGUGAACGAGUAGAAGGAAAUCAGAGGCCUGUAUUGAAACUGGACGUAUUGGUACUAAUGUCGGUUAAAGGUUCAGUGGGAUUUCCGCUUUUCAUAGCAGCUGGUCGAACGAAGAUAUAUAGAUAUUGCGUAAUGCAAUUGGUUGGACCAGACUUGGGAAAAUUAAGAAGAAGUCUUGUCGCCAAGCGGUAUCGAAGAUUUUCUAUCUCUGCUAUCGCCAUCGUGUUGCGACCGAUAAUUGACUCUUUCCGUCUCAGGUUCUCAGUCCCUACAGCUUUACGUGUACUGCAACAGACAUUGCGAAGGCUGGAAGUGCUUCAUGAUGCAGGAUGGCUUUGUCGGUAUGUAAAAUCACCGAAUAGUCUUCAUUAUAGUGACGUCAAAGCUCCAAAUUUUGCUAUCGGUCUCGGACAGGAAAAUGGAGUUGUAUACAUGCUGGAUUUUGGAUUUGCUAGAAAGUUCAAGGAUGCCAACGGCGUGAUCUAUCCUCCACGAGAAGCAGCAGCACUCCUCGGAACUUUUCAGUACACAUCCUUGGCUAGCCAUGGUCACCGAGAUCAAUCACCUAAAGACGAUUUGGAGAGUUGGUUUUACAUGGCCGCUGAGUUGCUAAAAGGACCAUUGCCGUGGUCGAAAAUCGACGGUCAUAAGGAGCAUAAGACAAUCAUGGCCAGAAAGUUGUCUAUACGAGCAGAAGGCCGGGCCGAAUUUAUGUGCGGCAUGCCAGACGAGUUCGAUAUUAUCUUGUCUAUGAUUGACCAGAUGGGUUUCUUCGAACGUCCCCAGUACCAACUUAUACACUCCCUUAUCGAUCAGGCAGCUGAGAAACUUGACAUAACACUGCAUGAACCGCUCGAUUGGCAGCAAAACGCUCGUGUGCUCCGUAAAGCAGAGUUUGUCGGUGAACUUGGGGAAUCGAAUUUGGCCUCUAUGAAAAUGGGUGAAGGAGGCGAAGACGGUCCUGAGAACGAAUAUUCCUCGGAUUCGACACCACUCGAUAUUGAAAAUUCGACCAAAGUCACAUUGAAACAUUGA